AGGGUUCGGCGAUCUUGUCGAGGCUGCUGCCGAAACUGCAUAGGGCGAUGCCUGUGCAAGCUAGGGAUCGAGAAGGAACGCGGGAACAACAACCUCUUCCACUAUAACAUAAAGGACCGCUGGAGCAAGAUAUUUUCCCGGAAGCUGGCCCUCGACGUCCUCGCCGUGAAGAUGGAGCCCGAGGUCCACAUCAAGACGGAGGACGGGCUCGAGGACGGGCUCGACAUCUACAUCAAGCAGGAGCCCGCCGAGGACGAGCGAUUUCCGUCUCUGUGAUAGCCCACAUUCGCAAUGUGAUCCGCCAUUUUUAUUUAUCGCAGCGUAGUCGCGAAUUUGGUGCUACGAGUUUUUUUUUUUUUGUCCGACGAGAUUCGUGGUCUCACGGCGAGGAGCCGCAGCCUGGAUGAGUGCAGCUAAGUCAGCGUGUACAUAUAUAUAUGAGGGACUUCACUCGCCUUUUUUUUUCUCUGGUUGUGAAGACGAAGAGAAGGAAUUUUUUUUUUCCCGCUUCUUCUCCUUCCGCGCCGCCGGAUCGCUUUUCCCGCGGCACGGGUUAGAACCCGAGUGCAACAAGCUACAACUCGAGUGCAACAAGCUAUAACUCGAGUGCAACGAGUUACAACUCCCAGCGAUCCCCGGACGCCGCCGUCGCGUUCCCACUGCGAAGGCACCGCUUGCACUGGAGGGCGGGCCUGCCACCUCCUUGUAUUUAUUGCCUAUUUAUGAGCAUAUUCGAUUCGUGGUCCGGCGUUUCGCCGAAUGUGGUUGUAUCCUAUUGUUCUGUCGCGCCGGUUUUGCCCUGUCGAUAGUAAAAAAAAAAAUGCAGUGUAACUUAAUAAAUAUGUUCGAG